CUCUCUCUCUCUCUCUCUCUCUCUCUCUCUCUCUCUCUCUCUCUCUCUCUCAACUUCCUUAUUUACGUUUUCAACCUAUUCCUGCACGCUUCACUUCCUCUGCCCGUUUUCCCUUUUAUUUUUUUUUUCCAUUCUUUUCGUGCUGUCUUUCUGUUUUCCCUCCUUCUGUUCCCUCCUACCUGCCCUUAUGUAAUGCUCUCAUUCAGUCUUAUCCGAACUCACAGUCUAUCUCAUGUUUCCCCGUCGCCAGAAAUAGCUCACAAGUUUCAUAUAUAUUUAGAAAGACCUGCCAAGGAUUUCAAAAACGUCUAAAAAUAAAUACUUUCUCCUUGCCAGGAAGGAAGUUUCUUUUUUUCUUUUCUUUUCAAGUGUGAGUUCAUAAUAUUGUGUUUCUCAUCUCUUCCUUCCCCUCCCGCUCCCUUCCUCCUGGGACUUUUGUUAUCCUAUUGUAGUGGCGGUAGAAAAAAAAAAAAAAAAGAGGAGGAGGACAGGUCAAGGCGAGAGUGGAAGGGUGGAGGGCGAGAUGACGGAAAUGAGAUACAGUGAAUAAUAAUGAAUGAAGCCAUUAUACUAAGGCGUGGCCGUGUGAUGAUAAACACCGAGAGAGGAAGCGUGUCACGAGCGAGUGUGCCGCGGUUUGCGUUCCCGUCUCAAUCUUCUGCUGAGUGGCGGGAAAGUGUGUGUGUGAGGUGCAGUGGUCCAUGUUUAUGAGUGUGAGUUCAGGUGAAGGUAACAAGAAGCGCCACAUGUUGAGGCAAUGUUCAGCGUACCUCACUGUACGUGUUUGCUUGAUUUUAUAACGCUUGUAUCGAUUUUGGAGUAGUGGUGACGUCAGGGCUGGCACCCACGCUGCCUGUCAUACGCUGCUCUGCCUCAAUGGACGGUAGCUAAGAGAGUGACCUAAUUGCCAGAUUACAAAACAUCAUCAGACGUGUGUGACAUUACCGGCGCGGGCGUACACCUCCCCUUCACCCCCACCGUGAAGUUGCCAAGAAUGUCAGGCCGGCUGGCGGCUGGCGCCCCGCUGCCAGCCGCCAGGCAUUACCUCAUGCGUCCGCCAGCGCCGCGUCACGAGUCACAUGCCGGUCCGCUAUAUAUACUCGCCGCGAGAAGACUUCGCUUCUCAGUCAAUUACGAGGUUUUACCGUGAGGUCACGUUAGCCGCUUCUGUCGGAUUAACGUAACUAUUACUCAAGUGUUUUGCUUCAGCCCGCGACAACCUGUCCGCAGCGCACCGCGCCCUUCACAGAUACUUUCUCCUCAGUCUAUAACUCACACGUCCACCAGAACUGCAAGAGAAGAGAGGAAGGUGCGAACGGUCCUACCACAACACUCAAGAGAGCCAUAACGUUACAUCGAGUAGUACAGUAACACCGCUCGCGGGGCGGCGACCCUCGUAGCGCGCGCGGGAACUGUCAGACGUGAUCGCCACCGCUGAACUCUGCCUUCGUCAAGCCUUGUAUAGACGGGCACUACUAAGGCAGAGAGGCCGUGUGUGCGUGCAGCGUUUCCUAUACACGUUUGGGCGUCCGCCAGAAAGACCGCAGCCAUGAUGCAAGUUAGCACUCUGUACGCGCAGUCUCUGGAGAGACAGCUAGUAUCUCGGCGUUCUCAGCUUAUCCACAACUUUUCCCGCACCAGCUGUGGUGGCCAAGCUGACCCCAUGCGACAAGCUGGAGAUACGCCACCUCUGGACCCACUCCCGCCCCAGCGCGCUAACCGCAGGAAGGACGAUGAUCACGACCCCAAGGAGUGCACUGAUCGUCUGUGUCGCCUUCCCUCGCAGAACAAGGGCGGCCACCUGCUAGGCUCCCCACGGCGACACACCGCCUCUGCUGCCGUGGUGUCAGCUGCCCGCCUCACGCAGUCCACUGGUAACCUCACCGUGCACUCCGACCUCUCACUGCUCAAGAAGAAGGAAAUCGACAUGGCCUCGGCCGCCCUGCAGCCCCACUCCCCCGUCCUGGACAAGAAGGCCGCUAAGAAAGCCAAGGAGAAGGAGAAGAAGGAAGCCAAGAAGAUGCCCUCUAACUUCAUGCUGCUGACGCCCUGGUUCACCCGCCAGAACUGCGAGAAGCUGCUGUCCCAGGUGCGCUCCGGGGACAUCUUCGAGUUCAACAUCAAGCUGCACCACCACUGGGGCAUCGCCAUCCUCCCCAAGAACAAAAAACCAAGCCUUGCUAACCUGGAACUGGCCCACUUGAUGCGAGAUAAGGACGGCAGGCAGCGGGCAGUACGUCAGCCUCUCAAGGAUUACUGGCACGAGGGAGUGACAGCAAGGAUUAACAACUCUAGGGAUGUGCACAAGCCACCUCUUCCAGCCGGCGAGGUCACAUCAGCAGCCCUUAAGCUGAUCGUGCAGCCGUACAGGGUGUGGCAGAACUCAGAACAGAUGGUUGUGUCCUGCAGGUAUGGGGAUGGACAGAGGGCACGCCAGCUCAGUGAUGCAGCCAGGUGGGGAUCGCUGAGCAAGUGUGUGGGGCUGUGGCUGACGCUCACCUCCUCCACGCAGAACUCCCCGGCCGGCUCCCCAGGCCCACUCAGGAAAAGAACAGUGUCGGUCAACUUCUGAGUACAGCAUUGAGCAGCCCGUGAGUCUGGGAGAACAGAGUUGUGGGCUGUUAGUUGCUACGCUCGGCAGCCGUUCGUGCAUUUCCCGUGUCUCACUUCAAGUCCUCAUGUUGCCUGGGUUUUCAUUCUAUUUAUGUCAUGAGUAGCAGCAGAAGCCCAGUGCGACAUAGAUAUGGUUAAAAAGUGACACCUAAAUGAGGACUUUGAUAAUCUUAUAUGAGUUUUUUUCAAAUUCUUUCUUGUUGGAUUAUUUAAAACUAAUUACUAUACAUAGUCUAUAUUUUCAAGCAUAAAUUAUAUUUUGGAUUAUUCAGUAAGGUGGAGAGUUCCAUGGAUAUUUUUUGCAAAGAAUGGAAGCUUGUCCUACUCUGGUGAAGGAGACGAUUGUAUCUAGUCUGUACGUGUGUGUGUCAGUGUUGCACGGAGAGACGCGAUGCGGCGAGUCUUGGAGAAUGUUCACCUGGUCUGCUACUGAGGCGGCCAGAGAGAGAGUGAGUGCAGUGAACGGUUGAUAAAGAGUAACCAGGACACUGCACUCUAGGAUGCAUUCUCUGAUGCCGGACCUGCCUAUCUCGUGCCCUGCCAGCCUCACCACUUACCAGGCUGUGCAGCUUCCAGCACUGCUGCACAGGAACAACUCCUCACAUGAUUAGAGAGAAAGAUCAUUCACAUCACUUGGUUGUCAGAUUUGGUGCUGGACUUUAUCCCUUGAGAAGAGUACCAGCGACACACAAUGUCUGUCAUGCUGAGGUGCUGAUGAUGGUGGAGUUGCAAGUGGGGAAGGCUGACAGGGAUGCGAGUUAGGUCAGCAAAGGCAAGUAUUCAAACAAAACUGGUGCUUCCUGGUACAAAUAGAGACAGUCUGCUGGUUCCAAUGUUUCUUUGCCUCAAAAUGUGCAAGAAAAUAGCGGAACCCCCAGCAGCAAUGCAAAAAGGGGGGAAAGAAACAGAUAGAGAAAGAAUUUUAUAUGAUAUUUUUCAUUUUAUUUUGGAAAGACUUCUUAUUUGUAACAGAAAGAAAAAAACAGAAAAAAAAAUUCAUGGCAGCAUUAGGGGAGGAUAUUGAUAUAAUUUUGUACCAUAUGUUAUUUGGGAAACGGUCUUUUAUUAUCGUAUAAAGAGUAUAUACCCACUACUUUCAUGGGCACGUGACUGCACCGAGAAAGGUAUAUAAUUUUUUACUGUAGUCUUUGGAUCUUUGGAUGGGUCUUUUCGCUAGUGGCUGGAGGGCGAGUGGUGAGGGAGGGGACCUGAACUCUCCCUGAACACCUUGUUGUCACCAGAGGCUAAGCAGAGACCCUAAGAGAGGACUGACUAGUGAGAGGUGUGUUUGCUUUUGUCACGAUGCCACACAACCUCCAGGAAGAUAAGCGUUAAAUAAAAGGCGCUUGUGAAAUUCGUCAUAGUCAGUUUGCAUACUAAUCCUCGUUCAAAUUGAGUCUAGUUCCACCUGUGACUGAAGUUAUCUUGAGAAAAGUCCAUUGAAAAGUGUUUUUGACAUUUUCCAUAGUUGAAUAUUACAAAAUGACGUUCAAAUAGAGGAGUUACAUUUAGACAAAAGCCAGCUCAUCUCUCGGCCUCUACCAGACAGCUGUGAGGAGUGAAAUAUAAGGGGACGUUGGCCAAAUGCAUCUCACCAUUCCAAAAAUAAGAGAAGUAACAUCCCCAGCAAUAGUAAUCCCUGCCCACCACCAUCCUAGCACACUGCAAGCCCCGGUCCACCCACCAUGUGUUAAGCUUGUGGCCAAAUGCACUCUGCCCGUCAGUGUUAAUCUCGUCGUCCACCUCCCGCUUCCUGACACAAGCAAGUUACCAAUUAAGCUUCCGUGCUGCCGCUGUCCUUGGCUCCAGUUCCUAUGCCUCCUUCCCUCGGGCCCCUGUUCUAUGUGGCAGUGGGUUUCAUCACACAUGUAAAUAAUUGAGCCUCAUCCCAUAAUGACAUCGCAUCACCUGUACAUUGCGUCAUCAUCCUGUUCCCUUUCGUUUGUUGUCUUUGUCGCCGCGCCCACCAAAUCGGAGUCACCUUUCCGGGUUAUCAUUCCAGUACACACGAAAAAGAUGGAGAUCAAAGUCAACGAAAUAGAGGAAGAAACAAAAACGCUGUGAUGUAUACAGUCGGACAUUUCCUCUUCCUCAUUCCACUCCUGUCUUUCCGUACCUGAGUGCCCAAAGGUUAUGCCAAUUGAUGCAGGUGGGUCUGGUGGGGCCUACGUACGUUUUGCUCAGUUAUCACAGGGAGGCGUAUUGUGGUGGGACAGAAAACCGAUUAACUUCAUUUGGAAACCUUCAUUACACUGCCUCGACUCUUUUGUAUCGUGUUGAAGGUCUGAAUGUUGCAUUUAUAUCGCCAACCUUCUUUUCACUUUUUGUACGUUGGUAUUGUCGGUCAUUUCCCGCCAAUAAGACUUUGAAGCUUCAUUACAUUGUUCGAGAUUUUUAUGUCAUGUUGGAGAAUUAGAUGUUACAUUUUCGCAUCGAUGCAAACGUUAAUUUUUUCGUAUAUUUGUAUUGCCAAUCCUUUCCCCCCAAUCGACGCUUUCAACUUUCAUUUCAUUGCACUGCCUAAGAUUUCUAUGUCCUGUUCGAGAACUGGAUAUCGCAUUAUCACAUCACCAAAGCAAACAUUCACUCGUAUAUUUGUAUUGUCAAUCAUUUCCGAGAAUUUAGACCCUUAUUUCCUCACUGUGUUGGAGAAUUGGACAUCAUGGUUUCACAUCGCCAAAGGAAACGAUUUUAAUGUUUUUGUAUCGCCGUUCAUUCCCCAUCAGUGGUCAGGCGUGUUGAGUGUUCCCUCUGUUUUAAUGUUAACGUUAUCUUAUGAUUGUUAGAAGGCAGAGUUUAUAUCAGCCUCUUGUAAUGCCAUGACCUACAAGCUGUUGGUUAGUUGGAAGCCAUGUCGUAUCAUUGCCUUAUCUAACAGUUGACUUGAUUCCCAGCUACUCGUUAUCUGUUUCAAAGGUUCGCGCUUCUCCUCGUUUGCGUAAGAUGACUGAAGUUUUGUUUGGUGAAGCUCUGUUUGAUUGUGUUGUGAUUACUUCUUCUUUUGGUUCAAGUGAGUGUCUAGUUUUGUUUGGGUGUUGUGAGGUUUUUAGUUGAUUUUGUAAACGAUGUAAAGUUUGUAUGGUCUAUGAAAUUGUCUGGUUUGUUUCUCAAUGUUUUUAUUUUUUUUGGACUAAAGGUCUUAAAGUUUCAAGUUUUCUUAAUGUUCAUGAAAUUUGUGAUGAACAUAAGUAUUUUAAACAUCUAUUUUGAUAUCAGAUUUGUAUGUUUGUAUAAUCUUUAACUGAAAUUUGUAAGAAAGUGAAACAUUUGGACACUUUGAACUGUAAUCACAAAAUUGACAUCGAGUAAUCUUCAUUAAAUUUGUAAUGAAGAGAACCAUUGUGAACACACUUUGAGUUGGGUUAUGACGGAGUGCUAUCAAAACGGAACUUUGAACACAAACCCUAAUUUGAGUUUACUGUUAUGGAUGGAUUUUGAACACCAUGAAAUCUACGUUGCAUUAACCACAACACAUGUACUAGAAACAGGCUGAUGCACGUAAUGUCCACACACACACACACACACACACACACACACACACACACACACACACACACACACACACACACACACACACUGCUCCACUUACAACUAACUACCUUUCACUGUUACUUCAUUGCGGGGAUCGUGUUCAAACAGGUGUGUCUUGAAGCUACUGGGCUACAGACUCACUGCAGCCCUGCCCCAAGUGAUCUCCCUGACACGAUACACUGGAAAGAGAGAGAAAUAGAUGGAGGUAAAGAAUAGUAAAGGUAGAGUGUAGCUAAACAGGUGUAAGCUAACUAUUCCUCUUAGUAUGUCGUGGUAGUAGGAGCAAGGUUCUUUUCGUGUAAAUAAGUAUAUACAUAUAGUCUAAGCAUCAUAUAAGUUUUUGUAAGUGAUUUAGGCGCGGUAACAGAAGCACAGUGAAAAAUGUACCUUACCUUGAACGGAUAGCGAGACCGGACAGUGAUAUCUCCCUCGUUAUCUGUGCUUGUUAUUGAUUGAUUGGCCUGUGGUGCAGAGGUUACCGUGCCUAAGUGUGUAGAUACAUGCUGUGAUAAUUACUGAAUCUUAUGGUGGAAAAGACGGAAGCUACGAGCACUCACACGCCUCAACAUUCCGCCCCUCCCACUGUCGACUAUCCUGCCUUUCCUAACUGGUCUUUCCUCCUUUACUUCUUUCCUGUCUACCUUUCUCUUAUUCCAUCCUUCUUGGCUUCAUCCUUACGCACUCAAGAUGUCCUAUAUAUAUUUUUUUUUUGUAUAUUUUUUCCUCCUUCCUUUCUUUCACUUUAUUUAAUCUUUAUUUCAGUUUUCUUUACCCUAGUCUUUCAAUAUUCCCUCUUUUUUUCUUAUUCUCUGUUUUCUUUCCAGCUUUACGUUAUUUCUUCCUUUCUUCUCUUCCAUAUAUUUAAGUCAGGUGAUGGUGAUGGCAGUGGUGGUGGUGGUGGUGAAAGAGGGUCUUAUCAUAUCAUUCAAGUCUCAUGUUCACUGCCUCUCAUCAUAAUCAUCAUUCGUGCAUUCAACAUUUUUUUUUUUCGUUCAAUUAGUCUCGUGUUUAAUUAUCAAGAGACUGUACUCAUAUUUCUUCAUUAUUCAUGCUUUUCACGACCCUUGAAGUGAUGAUGGCCUGGGAAGUUUGACAUGGAUCACCAAAAUUUUGCUUUUCUCUUUAAAUUUUAAGCGGAAAACUAAUUAAAUUGAUCGCGUCAUAUAUUUUUUUUGGGACUAGGAAUUCAUCUUUAUUCUACUUAUUAUUUUCAACGCAGUACAAAAUUUCGAUGAUUAUUCCAAAUUUUGCUUUUUUUUACGUAUAUUUCAAACGUAAAAACUAAUAAAUUUAUCGAUUCAUAUAAUUUAUAGACUAAUAAUUCAUCUUUAUUUUGUUUAUUAUUUCCAACGCAGUACAACAUUUCUAGCAUUACUUCGAUUUUACCUUUUGUUUCGUAUAUAUCAAAAGUAAAAACUAAUAAAUUGAUCGAACCGUGGAAUUUCCGGACUAAGAAUUGAUCUUUAUUUAUUAUUUCCAACAUAGUACGAAAUUUCUAUGAUGACCUCAAUUUUACCUUGUUUUUUCGUAUAUCUCAAACGUAAAAAGUAAUAAAUUUAUCGAGUCAUGGGAUUUCUGGACAAACAAUUAACCACUUUUCUAUUAUCUGUAAAGCAGUACAACAUUUUCACGAUAAACCAAUUCGAUGAAGGAAAACUGAUAACAUCCCGGAUAACCACAAAACCAACCACCACCUUCACCACCACCACCACCACCUGUAUCGUGCCCAAACCCAGGAAUUGCCGAACUCUUAACAAUGACCCUUUCUGUGUGGAGUGUAGCUUCCCUUGUACGCUCACGGAGUCUAUGCUAUAUUAUAAUAGUUUUCUUUUGUUUGAACGAGCUGGUACCUGAAGAACUGCCUAACUGAAGCAUCGGGUGUUACAGAAACGGUUCGAAUCCUCUUUGAUGAGUUUAUAAAGGGGAAUCGAAUGCUGUUUUUUUGCCUGUAGUCGAUGUGGGAUUGGAGGAUUGUAAGGUUGUUCUAUAAGGUACUGAGGAUUGUAUAAAUGCAUGGCUCGAGUUAUUAUUACUAUUAUCAUUAUUAUUUGUUGCUCAAUUCAAUUUUUUUCAUGUAUUUCCUAUCACGGGGAUUAAAUUUAUGUUUACGACUUUUUUUUCUAUUAUUUUUAUUUGUUAGGCUUAAUAUAAUGCUUCGUGAAGAUAUUGGUGCGACAGAGAAGGAGGAAAAUACACGAAGAGGAGGAAAUAAACGUGAUAAUAGCGAAGGUUUAGAGGUUACGUGGUGUACAGACGCAUCAAGUUGCUGUUUUGUUUAUGUUUUACCCCCAAAUAUAUUUUGUAAUGAAUAUGAAA